AUGUCCUGUUAGUGAAAGUGGCAUUAAGUAUGGUUACAUAUAGAGGUCUAUAAAACACAACCAUAACAAAUGAAUUCCUCAACAGUCUAGCUAGUAAUUAUGACACUUGUGACAUUCUGAAAUUUAAUUAUGACAUUUAGUUAUUAAGUUCAUCAGUAAGUACUCCUUUUUUUUAAUUUCCUUUUCUCUGUCUCACUUGUCUUUAUUUCAGGCACCACCCAUUGUUUGAUUAUUUAAAGUCCAACUAGGAAUACUGGUUUUACAAAGAGAGCGUAUUACAUAGCAGACAUUCUGUUACUCACAGCUUUUGUCACGCAGUUUCAGUGUAGCGAUCAACUUCAGGAGCUCCUCGUAGAUUCCUUGCCCUGCUUACUUUCAAUCAAGUCUUUUCUUUAGCUGCUCAUCUCAUCAGAUUUCCUAAAAACUUCACACAGCCGCUGAACUUAAUCACCUGUGGAUUGCUUUUUUUUUUCUAAAUAUAUUUUUAAUCUCCUGGUAAGAAAAUGUCACACAGCGGGAGCCUGGAUUUGGACAGAUACACCAGCUUGGAUAAAUCUCGUCGACCCAACAGUCGAAGCCAAGCCAGGACCCUGGCCAGGAGCGGGGACGUCCUGUGCGACUUCUGCACAACAAAGAAGCAGAAGGCUGAGAAGUCCUGCUUGGUGUGCCUGGCAUCCUACUGCGAGACUCACGUCCAGUCUCACUACGACUACCCUACCCUGAUGAAGCACAAGCUGGUCAAAGCUACGGGUCAGAUGAGAGAGAAGCUCUGCGCACAGCAUGACAAGCUGCUGGAGGCUUUCUGUCGCACUGAUGAGACAUCGGUGUGUGUUUUGUGCAUGAUGGAUGAACACAAACACCAUGACAUCGUCCCGGCUGGCACUGAGAGGACUGAGAAACAAAAACAACUUAGUGUUACGCUGCACAAAUCUCAACAAAGGAUUGAUCAGAGGGUUAAAAAGUGGCAAGACCUCCGACAGGCUGUCGAAUCACUUAAACAUUCUGCUCAAACAGUCUUAGAGGAAAAUGAGCGUAUCUUCACGGAGCUUCUGCUUUCCAUCGAGAGAAAGUACAACGAAGUCAAGGAAAUGAUCCGCACCCACGAAAGGACCACCGUGACCCAGGCCGAAAUACUGCUGGAUCGUUUAGAAGAGGAGAUUACUCUGCUGAAGAAGAAGCACAAUGACCUGGAGAAGCUUUCACACACUGAUGAUCACAUACAUUUCCUACAGAGUUGGCAGUCCCUGUCAGGCCCCUCGGGAUAUGAAGAUCUCAACAAAAUCACCGUCGCACCCUAUUACUCCUUUGAUGCUACCAAGAGAGCCAUCUCUGCACUGAAAUUACAAGUGGAAGAAGUCAGCAAAGUUGAAAUUAGCAAAAUCUCAGGAGCAGUGAAGGAAGUGCACAUCACAGAAGAAAAUGAAGAACGAAAAUCAAGAAGAGAAUCCUUACUGAGGGAGGAACCAAAGAUAAGAGAUGAACCAAGAACAAGAGAUGAUUUCUUGAGAUAUGCUGGUCAGCUGAUUCUGGAUGUCAACACUGUCCACCCCAACCUUCACUUGUCUGAGGGUAACAGAGCUGCCACAAUGAAGAAUGAACCCAAGAACUACCCUGACCACCCUGACCGAUUUGACCACUGGCAGCAGGUGUUGUGCAGGGAUAGUGUGAUUGGGAGUCGUUGUUACUGGGAGGUGGACUGGAAGGGAACAGAGAUAGAUGUGGCUGUUACCUACAGAGGAAUCCGUCGUAAAGGGAAUGCCAACGAAUGCAGCUUGGGCUGGAACGACAAGUCCUGGAGUCUGUACUGCUCUGACUCCAAAUUCUCUUUUGUGCACAACAACAAAAGCACAGACCUCACAGCUCCGGUAUCUUCUCGUAUUGGCGUUUACCUGGACCAUGCAGCAGGAACACUGGCGUUUUACAGUGUCUCUGAUGGCAUGCGUCUUUUGCACAAGAUCCAGACCACAUUUAAAGAGCCACUCUACCCUGCAUUCAGCGUGUGGGGCUUUGGUACGACUAUAAGACUGUAAGAUAUGCUUCAGACUUACAUUCUCCUUAAAUCUGUGACAUCUAGCACGUGGUGUUUGAGUUGUUUUUGCUUGUUUUAUCUUUUUUAUUUAACUUUUUUCAUGAUAAGUCUUUUUAUGA